CCUUCCCUGCAGCUCAAUUCUCCUUCCUUUCUUCCUGUAGAGCUGAGGUCUCUCUGCCUUCCCUGCAUCCAAGAUCGCUCUGCCUUCCCUGCUGGGGCUGAGAUGGCUCUGCCUUCCCCUGCAUCUGAGAUUGUUCUGUCUUUCCUGCUAGAGCUGAAAUUGCUCUCCGUUCCCUGCAUCUGAGAUCAAUCUGCCUUCUGGAAGUCAGCUCUGUGCUUACAGGUCCCAGGUCAGCCUUCUGCCUAGGAAGAGAAGAGAAGGACCUCUCCCCUUCUGGAAUCCUUCUCCUUGCCCAGCUCAGUCUGCAGAGCACCAAGGCCUGGCCCAAGCAGGGAGCCUGGAGCCAGAGAGAAUGGCCCCUGGGAGCCACAGCCCCCCACCCCAGGGGUUGGUGACAUUCAAGGAUGUGGCUGUGGACUUCACCCAGGAGGAGUGGGGCCUCUUGGACCAUCCUCAGAAGGAGUUGUACAAGGGGGUCAUGCUGGAGAAUGCCCAGAACCUGCUUUCCCUGGGGCUUCCAGUUCCCAGCGAAGAUGUGGUCUCUUAUUUUGAGCAAAGGGAAGCCCCAUGGAUGCUGGAGCAGGAAGGCCUGAGGAGCUGCUGUCCAGAAGGAGAGAGGAGGCUGGAAAUGAAGGAAACUACUGCAGCACUAACCCUUUCUGUGAAAGAAACCCACAAGCAAAAGUUAAUGAGUGACGGUCCCUCUGACUUCAAUUGGAGAGAAAUCUGUGUAACACUUGAGAGAAUCCACACUGGAGAGAAAUAUUAUGGCUGUAAACAAUGUGGAAAGGGUUUUGCAAAGAGGAGAUAUCUUAUUGCACAUCAGAAAAUCCAUACUGGAGAGAAACCUUAUGAUUGUACUCAAUGUGGAAAGGCUUUUAAGAAGAGGGCCCAUCUUAUUGUACAUCAGAGAACCCACACUGGAGAGAAACCUUAUAAAUGUAAUCAAUGCGGAAAGACUUUUACAUGGAAGGAUGGUCUUCUUCAACAUCAGAGGAUCCACACUGGAGAGAAACCUUAUAAAUGCAAUCAAUGUGGAAAGACUUUUACAUGGAAGGACAGUCUUGUUAAACAUGAGAGAAUCCACACUGGAGAGAAACCUUAUGAUUGUAAUCAAUGUGGAAAGGCUUUUAGAGUGAAGAGAACUCUUACUCUACAUCAGAGAAUCCACACUAGAGAGAAACCUUAUGACUAUAAUCAGUGUGGAAAGGAUUUUAGAUGUCAAAAGAGUAUUGGUGAAAAUCAGAGGAUACACCCUGGAGAGAAACCUUAUAAAUGUAGUCAAUGUGGAAAGACUUUUACUUGGAAGAAUGGUCUUGUUCAACAUCAGAGAAUCCACACUGGAGAGAAACCUUAUAAAUGCAAUCAUUGUGGAAAGGAUUUUAAACAGAAGGCUCAUCUCAUUGCACAUCAGAGAACCCACACAGGAGAGAAACCUUAUAGAUGUAAUCAAUGUGGAAAGACUUUUACAUGGAAGGAUGGUCUUCUUCAACAUCAGAAGAUCCACAGUGGAGAGAAACCUUAUAAAUGCAAUCAAUGUGGAAAGACUUUUACAUGGAAGGACAGUCUUGUUAAACAUCAGAGAGUCCACACUGGAGAGAAACCUUAUGACUGUAAUCAAUGUGGAAAGGCUUUUAGAGUGAAAAGAUAUCUUCUUGCUCAUCAGAAAAUCCAUACUGGCAAGAAACCUUAAGAAAGUAAUCAACAUGGUAAAGCCUUCAGGCUAAAGUCAGUCCUUGUUUACCAUCAGAGAAUUCAUGGGAUAUAUAGGAAUCUUGUCUUAUAGUUAUUUUAUAACUGACCUGAAUGAGGAAAGUCAUUGAAAUGGAGUACAGAGCUUUUUAGCAGAAAAUUCACUCUGGGUACAAGCCAUCUCUGGACUCCAUGUAGGAAGGCUUUCAGCCAGAGAUCAUCUCUUAUCCUCUCUUCGGGGGAUUUAUAAUGAAAAGAAACUUUAUUAAUAUGCCCAGUGGGACAGGCCUUUCUCCAGAACAUGGAGGUUACUAGUUAAGGUUAAAUUUUGGGUCUGACUUUAAUAGAAAGGUGAGAUAAGGAAAAUAAUCCAUGCCCACCCUCCAGGUUGCAAAACCAAAAAAGGAGGCAAUAGGCCCAUAAACUGCAGAACUGUGUGAGAGAAUCCAUCUGGAUGUUCUCAGAAAUGUCUUCAGAAUAAGGAAAAGACCUUGUGUCAACUGGAGAACAAUCUUUGGUGAAGGGAAGAAAUCAGAUUUGUUUGAUCAAGGAUAUAAAAAUUGGGGCAAUUCAGGGGAAAUUUGUGUUCUCCCACAGCCCACCUACAAGCCUGUAUUCAGUCUACAUCCAGGCCAAUACAUGUGACGGUCAUUAAGAUGAGAUUGUUUCUGCCUCCUGAUUUUUGCGACCCAACAAUCAUGGUGAUGAGGCAGGGAUCCCCCUGAUGGACUUGAGGCAGAGCAGAACUGUUGUGUGAACAAAGCAGCCACUGCUAAGCAGGUAAGAGGCCUGGCAAUUUCAUCUCCAAAGCUUCCCUCGGUUGGAAGGGAAAUCUGAAGCAGCUCAGUUCCAUGGCAUCUGGGCUGCUUGUCACAUGCUCUCUCUGAAUCAGUGAAGGGCUCGGGUCCUGGCGAGAGCAGCCUCAUCAGAGUAAUGGUUUCCAGUUCAGAGACCAACACAUUGGACAUAGGGGAGUAAUUCAAGAGGCACUAUGGGAAGUCUCCAUAUCCUCCCACCAAGGCAAGUCAGAAAAGUCUUGCUUUGCCAGAAAAGGCAAACACUGAUAGGAAGAAAGGUUUCUAAUGAAAUUCAUCUGGAGGCUAAUGAAGACCCAAGGCAGCUUCUGGUUCCCUUGUCACUGAAUUUAUCAGACAAUCUUGCGUUGGAAGGGCCUUCAGAGGCCAUCUAGUCCAAACUCAUACCUGCAGAGCCCUCUCUUUGAAAACCUUUCUGCUCGAAGACCUGCUAGGAAGGCAGCCCAUCAUUAGGACACUGUUCAUCCCGUCAGGCUGAACUCUGCCUCCUGCAACUUGCACUCAUUGGUUCUAUGUGUUGCUUCCUUCUUUGAAUGUAAAGGCUUCAUUUGUUUGUUUGUUUGUUUUAAUUUUGGAGGCAAUGGUGGUUAAGUGAUUUGCCCAGGGUCACACAGCU